GAGCGGCGCGGGAGGGUGGGCGAGCGGCGUGGAGAAUGGAGACGCCCGACAACAUCCUCGGGGCCGUGUGACGGCGAACGGCGCUCACACGCGAGAACGCACCCACCGGCCGGGAGCCGGAGCCGGAGCCGGAGCCGGAGCCGGUGCAGAGCCGGGCAGCGCCACCCUGCCCCGUCCCGCGGGGAGCCGGCAUGGAGUGAGAGCAGCGUGCCGCCGCCAGCUAACGUACUGGAAGAAGACUCAAUGGAGCAGGACAUAGAGAGCCCUGUCACUAUUCAUCAGCCAAAGUUGCCCAAACAAGCUAGAGAGGAUCUGCCAAAAAAUAUAAGCAAAGAAUGUGCCAAGAGAAAAAUCCAGAGGUAUGUUAGGAAAGAUGGGAAAUGCAACGUCCACCAUGGGAAUGUCAGAGAGACUUACCGUUACUUGACUGACAUCUUCACUACCUUAGUCGAUCUCAAGUGGAGGUUCAACCUGUUGAUUUUUGUCAUGGUUUACACUGUGACCUGGCUCUUCUUUGGAAUGAUCUGGUGGCUAAUUGCCUACAUGCGAGGAGACAUGGAUCAUAUAGGGGACAGCACGUGGACCCCAUGCGUCAGCAACCUCAAUGGGUUUGUCUCAGCCUUUUUAUUCUCAAUCGAGACAGAAACGACCAUUGGGUAUGGUUACCGGGUCAUCACGGACAAGUGUCCCGAGGGAAUUAUUCUGCUUUUAGUGCAGUCUGUUUUAGGUUCUAUCGUCAACGCUUUCAUGGUUGGCUGCAUGUUUGUGAAAAUAUCCCAACCCAAGAAGAGGGCAGAAACCUUGGUUUUUUCUACAAAUGCAGUUAUUUCUAUGCGGGAUGGAAAGCUGUGUCUCAUGUUCCGAGUAGGAGACCUUAGGAAUUCACACAUUGUAGAGGCAUCAAUACGAGCCAAGUUGAUCAAAUCCAAACAGACAAAGGAGGGGGAAUUUAUACCACUCAACCAGACAGAUAUCAACGUAGGUUAUUACACAGGGGAUGAUCGUCUCUUUUUGGUUUCACCACUGAUCAUCAGCCAUGAAAUUAACCAGCAGAGUCCUUUCUGGGAGAUUUCCAAAGCCCAGUUGCCCAAAGAGGAGCUAGAAAUUGUUGUAAUCCUAGAAGGAAUGGUGGAGGCAACAGGAAUGACCUGCCAAGCUCGAAGUUCAUACAUUACGAGUGAGAUCCUGUGGGGUUACCGUUUCACCCCUGUCCUCACUCUGGAGGACGGAUUUUAUGAAGUUGACUACAACAGUUUUCAUGAAACAUAUGAGACCAACACACCAGUUCACAGUGCCAAAGAGCUGGCAGAGAUGGCCAGCCGAGCAGAACUACCCCUGACAUGGUCUGUUUCCAGCAAGCUGGACCAGCAUGCUGAGCUGGAAACUGAAGAAGAAGAAAAGAACCAAGAAGACCAAAAUGAAAGAAACGGUGAUGUGGCCAACUUGGAGAGUGAGUCCAAAUUGUAGAAACACCAGAGGCAUAAGGGCCACACCACCUCCUUUAUCUUCUCCCUCUUUGCUCCCCUUUUCUUUCUCCAACAUGUCUUUCUUUUUUUUUUUCUUCCUUGUUAUUCUUAAUUCCAGGAAAAUAAAUACUUAAGAUGCGAAAUAGCUACCUGCCCGAUUUUAACUCAAGAGAUUCACAGACUAAACAAAGGCGUGGGUUAAAGCUGCAAUACCCAUUAUCGAUGGUGGAAUCUCAGUCCCCACCCUGGUAAUGACUGCUGGCUUCCUCGGCACCUCUCUGAGUUCAGACCUCCAGGUUUAUUCACAUCAACAACAAAAAAUACCAAAAGUAAUGGGAAUACAUACAAGGGGCUUAAAAGGAAAAACUAAUUAAUGCUCAUCAAAGUAAGGGGCCUUGGCUCAGGUUUUUACGUAUUUCAGGACAGUUUUGCAAACUGGAUGACCAGCUUCUAUGAAAUGGGCCUUGCAGCUUUAAGAUGAAGGUGAGCAGAGGGAUCUGCACUCCAACACUAUACUGUACAUAUGCCUUAUGUAAUUACUUUCUCUUUACAUUUAGUAAUAAACACCGCAUGUACAAAAGUACUGUAGUAAAGAACUUCUAAAUAAUGUACAUAGAUGUGUAAUUAAUGUAGGUUUAGAAACAGAGUUCUAGAAAUAUCGGGAUGCAAAAACUAACUACCCAUUGAGUAGGCAUUUCUCUUCAAAUAUUUGGACUGUAAUAUUGAAUUUUUUUCCCCUAUAUCUGUGGCUCUUCUAGUGCAUGACAUUUUCUUCAGUGUACCAGACUGGCAGCUAUUUAGAGUACCUCACUGUUUGCCAAACAGAUCAUUUCACCGACUCUAAAAAGCCAUAAGUCUGGGAGAGGGCAGGGUAGAGAAAUUGUAAUAUAAUUACUGAUAUACUGUGAAAAUGUUUACAAAUAAGAAAAAUUUUUCCUGGCUAUUUUUUUGGCAGUUCGACCUAAAAUAUAGGCUGUGGCAAACUCACGGCAAACCAGAAUUCCCUGUAUACUCUUAAUAUAGCGAGCAUGUUUCAUGUGGAGGUAUUAUCCUUUAUGUGCAAUAUCUAGGGAAACUUCUCCCUUCUCCCCACCCAAACCAUGGGAUUUCAGCAGAACAGUUUGCUACACAAACAGCACAAGCCAUUGAAAACCGAACGUUGCACCUUAGCAAGCAGAUUUUAGCUACUCAGCUGGGAAAGGAACAGCUGAAUUUCAUCUGAAGGUGAAAUCAAUUAAAUUCAUUUGUUGACAGCGCCGGUACUUGGCCGGUCCGGCAGGGUCAUGGAUGGUGUGACAUCCCUGGGUAUUAACGCUUCAACAGGGUUCCUCAGCUAAAUGCACGGUUCCUGCCACCCGUGCUCAGGAGAGUUGGGUCCCUAACGACUUUCCUCACCUUAGGUUAGCUCCUUGGCUCUUGUGAAUCCAUGUAAACCCCAUACCCACUGACUCGACAACUUUAAAAUUAAGGGAGCAGUGAUAAUCUGCGUUGCUUACACGGCAACACUCGUGCAAGUAGGGGAGCACGGUGACGGUGUCAAGGACACGCUCCCCAGGAGGCUGCUCACACGGUGCAGCGUUGCCCAGUGUGAAGGACCACUCAGUCAGGCCCAGUGUGCAUAAAAUACUACCUGUUGAAAAAAGCCUUGCUUGCGGUGGGCUUUCACUCAGGCCCAUCAAGAGCGGCGCUUCUGUCAGCAAAGGAGAAGAAGCUGCAGCCUUAAUUUUGUUUUUUAUACCUGCCUACUCCAAGAAAGGAAGAAUACACUGAAGAGAAUCUGAAGCAUUUUUUUGUACAGAAACAUUUGCAUUAAAAAUAGAAGAGAAAAAAAUAAUAACCUCAGGAGAAACUUAGUGGGCAGGUGGAAAUUUUGCACUGUGAUAUAGCUUUCACAUCUAUUUCACACCAAUUUUCAAUUUUUUUUGCUGAAACAACUGCCCGUUGCUAGUUUUCACAGUGUGUGGCUAAUCAGUGGGGUUUCUGCAGGUCCUGUAGCUGUGCUUCAUCCUGGAAUGGGCAGAGUAGGGUGUGGGGAAAGGGUUGCACACCAGGGACUGGCAGAUCAGGCUGGAUCAUAGAAUCACAGAAUCAUAGAAUGGUUAGGGUUGGAAGGGACCUCAAAGAUCAUCUAGUUCCAACCCCCCUGCCAUGGGCAGGGACACCUCCCACUAGAGCAGGUUGCUCAAUGGAAAGAGGUUUUUGUUUCAGCUCUGAACGUUUUCCCUACAAGGCUUUCACAAAGCAGCAUGCUGUAAGGAAUGGUGCAGAAUAUGCAUUUUUAGUCCCUCCACCCAGGCUGGUUGAUCCUGCCAACUCGGUGAAGGUUACUUACGCUUAACUUUUGUGAAACACCACUCGUUUUGCUGCAGACCUUUCCAAGCUCGUUCCUCUGCCCCAGCAUCAGCAGCUGCCGAGUGCUCCAGUUGAUCCAUCACAACCUGCCCAUAAGGCUACCCAUGGUGGGUACUGAGGGUUUUUAAGGAAGGGUGGCUCCCCAGCUCCACGGGAAGACAGAAGCCUUAGAGCAGAGGAGAUGGGGGGAGCGGAGCAUCAAUAGCGACGAGCCACCCGCGUGUGUCAGUCCUAGCAAAAGGUGCAUGAGCUGAAAGCAAAGCACUCCUCUGAGGACAAACCUGCUUUUUGCUCUUGUAAUUUACUGGGCCACCCUAUUAUUCAUUGCUGCAGUUUAACAAAAGUUUGCAGUAAUUGGAACAGCAGCUCAGGGCCCUAAUUAAACCUUUUUUGUGUCCUUCAGCACAAAAAAAAAAUAGACUUUCCGCCACUGGGGCAUGCGCAUGUGUAAGCUAUAUUUUUGUGAAUAGGGUACUUAAAGCUUAAGGUGUGUGUGUUCGUCUCUUUCUCUCUCUCCCCUUGUAUUUUAUUGUCUUUGGUAUCAAUGUAGUAUGGACUGUAAAGUUUAUGAAAUCUCAUUUUUGUAACAUAAGCUUAAAAAAAAAAAUAGAAGCCUCCAGAGCUUUCAACAGGGAAGCUUCACGUAAACUUUGUACUAGAAUGUCCCUAUCAAACACCUCUAUUUUUCUACAAUGAUUGAUUAAGCAGUUUAACAAUGUAUUUUGUGUCAAUGAUUUCAACUGAAAUGGUAAAAAGACAAUUAAGAAUUGAAUGCUGUUAAUUAACAAUGGAUUUUCAAGCCGUA